CCGAUAACGCAAGCACCAGUUGCCGCGGGGCGAUUACCGAUAGCGAAUGACGCACCGACGAACUUUCUGAAGAUCUGCCCCGCGACACAUUCAAGCUUCACCAUAUUCGACAAUUGACAUCAGAUUUCUCUCUCGAUCUUGGUCAACACUCGUUGGGGUCUCAGACUCCUAUUCCAAAUAUACGUCCGAAACCCCCGAGACUCAUCAUGUCUACACCAACGCCUACGCUCACACAUCUCUCAACGCUCUCGCCGCCAUCGAAUUCGCGAACAUGGCAAACCGCGCCCCACCCAAGUCUACCGAUCGUUGCGACAGCCUGCUCGGAUCGCUCCGUCCGCGUUUACAGCCUGACGUCCUUCACACUCCUCCAUUCAAUCACUGGGGGCCACAAGCGCUCCGUGCGUUCAUGUAGUUGGAAACCGCACACCCAAGGGCAGUCAGUACUUGCUACCGGUUCCUUCGACAGCAGUGCAGGCAUUUGGCGCAAAGAAGACGGUGACAGGUUGGAGCACGAGGUAGGCCGUGAGGUCGGUGACGAGGAAGACGAAGACUCGGAAGAAUACCAAUUUUCUUGCAUACUCGACGGGCACGAGUCGGAGAUCAAGUCACUCACUUGGUCACCUAGUGGACAAUACCUGGCUACAUGCUCACGCGACAAGAGUGUCUGGAUCUGGGAGGAAUUGGAGGACGAUAAUUUUGAGACGGUCGCGGUGCUGCAGGAACAUGAUGGCGAUGUCAAGUGCGUCGCGUGGCAUCCUGAGGAGGAUCUACUCGUGUCAAGCAGCUAUGAUGACACAGUACGGUUCUACAGAGAGGAUCAGGAUGACUGGGUACAGGUAGCUGUUGUGGAGGGACACGGGAUGACGGUUUGGUGGGCCGAGUUCGAGGGUUCGGGAAUGUCGAAGCUCGACUUCAGGAGGCAAAGAGAUGGGCUUGAGGAGAAGCAAAUCAACCAUCUUGAGGCGUUGGAGCAGAGUGGACCGCGGCUUGCGACAUGUGCGGACGAUUGUACAGUGCGCCUUUGGAGGAGAAAACCGAGAGAGGGCGCAAGCGCCCAAAAUUCCGGCAUGCCAUCCAUCAUUCGUACCGCCGCUAUUGACGAGGAUUGGUAUCAAGAAACUAUCCUCCCGAAAGCCCACGACCGCGCUAUCUACUCUGUCAGCUGGAGCCGCACCACCGGACUCCUUGUCAGCGCGGGCAGCGAUGGUAAAAUCGUGGUAUACAAAGAAAGAUGGAGAAGCCAGGAAACCAAUGGCACUACAGACGCUGCAGCAAUGGAGGGCAUCGAGGCCGCUAACGGUGCUGUCGUUGAAGCGACUGAGGCAUCGUUGACUGAAUGGGACAUUGUUGCAGAAAUCUUCUCUGCGCACGACGUGUUUGAGAUCAACCACGUCACAUGGGCGAAAAGGGCAGACAAGGGCAAGCGCUGGGAUGGCGAAGAAGUCAUUGUUAGUACGGGUGAUGAGGGUGAGGUUAGGGUAUGGACUCUGGACGAAGCUGUUUUGAAGACCUAAGAAAAGGACGAAAUCUGGGCCACGACAGAGCCGAACG